UCAAAAACAAUCAGAGGGGGCUGGCAGCUUGAAUGACAGUCCAUCACGCACGUGACUGUGCGCGCGCGGUUCCUGAAGGUCACUGCUGCCCCUCCUCUGCUCUCGAGGAAACUCUAAAUAGGGGCUGAUGUUUUGAGGGGCGGGCCCUUCCCUGGAUUGACGGAGGACGGGCCAAUGCGGGGUGAGGGUGCGACCGCGGGGGGCGGGGUCAGGGAGUGAACGUCGUUUCCCGGUCGGGCAGCUUCGGAGCGGCUCGGACUCGUUUCCGCUCCUGGGUGACCGUUCGCGUCAAAGAGCCGCCGCCAUGUCCAACAACAACGCCAGCAACAGCCUCGUGAUCGCGCAGAGGACCGUGAAGCAGCUGCGGCUGGAGGCCAGCGUCCGCAGGAUCAAGGUGUCCCAGGCCGCCGCGGAUCUCCAACAGUACUGCUUCCAAAACGCCUCCAAGGACCCGCUGCUGAUGGGGGUCCCGUCCAGCGACAACCCCUUCAGACCCCCCAAGUCCUGCUCCCUGUUCUAAGGAGUCUGUCCUGCGUACGGUCUCCCAGCAGCACCUCCUCCACUGGUGCACGUGGUGCUCCGGAGGUCACUCGUUUGCCAAAUGAACGCUGUUUCAGCUCCCGUCUGCUCCACUGAAGACUCCGAUGUUCCCAGCUCUAACUGGACUAAUGAUUAAUCUGGCUUUUGCGGCACCGGGCGAGGUUUUCAGACCGGACUGUUCCACAUUUCUCAUCGUGGAGACGUCACUCCUCCUUCUUCUCGGUGGCGGUGGUGGGGGUUGCUGAAAAAGACAAAAAAACAAUCAAAGCAGGUUCCGUGUCAAACAUGUGAAACAUUAAAAUGGAACGGAUGUCACUGGUUCAAGACACACACUGUUAAAUUAUUACCCAUACUGCUCCUCUGCAUGUUUGUACGCACACAUACGCACAGCCUCACACUGUGAUCUAUGGAGGGUUGUUGUUUUUCAUGAACCUGUUUCACUGGGAUCAAAUAAACCAAACUUUUCAUUCUGUU